AAAAUGGCGAAUCGUACGGUGAAAGAUGCUCAUUCGGUUAAAGGAACGAAUCCUCAAUAUUUGGUUGAAAAAAUCAUACGGACUCGGAUAUACGAAUGUAGAUAUUGGAAAGAAGAAUGUUUUGCACUCACAGCUGCACUUUUGGUCGACAAGGCAAUGGAACUGAAAUAUAUUGGUGGUAUCUUUGGUGGAAAUAUUAAGCCAACUCCAUUUCUAUGUCUGAUCCUGAAAAUGUUGCAGAUCCAACCAGAGAAGGAUAUUGUGGUAGAGUUUAUAAGAAAUGAAGAUUUCAAGUAUGUAAGAGCUUUGGGAGCAGUAUAUAUGCGUUUAGUGGGAACAUCGUUAGACUGUUACAAGUAUUUGGAGCCACUUUAUUAUGAUUACAGGAAGAUGCGUAGAAUGAACAGAAAUGGCGAGUUUGAAGUUCUGCACAUGGAUGAGUUUAUUGACGAGUUGCUGAGAGAAGAAAGAAUCUGUGAUAUCAUUCUACCAAGAGUACAGAAACGCCAGGUGUUGGAAGAAAACAACCAGCUGGAGUCGCGAGUGAGUGCUGUGGAAGAGGAUCUCGAAGACAUGGAGACUGAUGAUGAGGAAGAACUUGUUAGAGAUUCUCGAAGAAGUCCAACUCCAGAAAAGUCUCAGAGACACAGAGACGCUGACAAAAUAACGAGAAGUCCCUCGCCUAGAAUCAGACGCAGUCGUUCAAGGUCUCCACAUAGAAGAGAUCGGGAGGAAAGGCGACACGAUCGAGACAAAGACCGAAAACGUCACAGGUCACCAGGAAAGAAGCACAGAGAAGAAGAUGAUAGAAGACACAAGAGCAAGAAAAGUAAAAAAGACCGGAAAGACGAUGAUCACCGGAGUCAUAAACACAGACACGAAAAAGACGGCAGACAUCAUCACAAGGAUCGCCGAGACCGGGACGAGAAGGAUCGCAGAGGUCGUGAGGACCCCGAUGUCAGAGAAGCUAAUGAACUCCGGGCAAGGCUGGGUAUGGUACCUUUGAGACCUUGAGAGAACGUGCCGUUUAGCAUAACGAACUCCAGAAAAGGCACCUUUAAAACCUUGAGUGAUCUUACUGUUUAGCAUAACAAACUCUGGGCAAGGUGCCAUUGACAUCGCGAAUGAACUUACUGUUUAGAACGUGGACUUAGUGUUCAUUUGGUGAAGAUAGAUUACAGCAGUUUGGAUUCAAAUCUGGCAGUUGAUCAGUAAAAUGUUAUGCAAGCACAAUUUGGUAAUGAAUGGGUUUACUGGUUCGAUUAUUGUGACUGUUGACUUGAUGACUGUUGUACCUGUGACAUCAGAUUUCCACUGGUGCAAAGGAAUUUGUACAUUUUAUAAAUGGCAGCCUUGGGACGUUAAUAGUUGUGCAACAUCAAUAUUAAAACAUGAACUGUUGUGCAACAUCAAUAUUCAAACAUCAACCGUUGUGCAACAUCCAUAUUGAAUUAUGUUCAUCAAAUGCACUGUUGUAUUACAUAUUGGGCCGAAUUUAUGCUUAAACACCUGCAUUUAAGAAAAACAGGCUUUAUAAAUCCGACCUUUAUUUUUUAUUUUUAAUAAAAACAAUUGUCCAUUUAUUGAAUUCACUGUCAUUUUACAUUAAAACGUCUAUAAACCAAA